UACAACAACAACUACAACGAAAAACCAACAUUGCCAACAGCACCACCAGCAGGGCGUCAUGUUAGCAGCAAGAAAUCGAGAGCCAACCGUAAUUACUACUAGAGCGGGAGCAUUUGGAACUAGAGCAGCGACAUGGUCUUAAGCACCGAAUGGUCCCAGGUGGAGAUUAUCGAUCUGAUCAAUGAUGGCAACGGUCUUGGCUUUAUUCUCGUGGGCGGACGGAGCACGGGCGUGGUCAUUAAGGCGCUGACGCCGGGCGGCGUCGCUGAGCGGGAUCAGCGCCUGCAGUUGGGCGAUCAUCUGCUGCAGAUUGGCGAGGUGAAUCUGCGUGGUUUCAGCUCGGAGCAAGUGGCCACAGUUCUUCGUCAGACCGGAGCUCAGGUGCGUCUGAUUGUGGCGCGGCCCGUGGAGCCAACGGCCAUCGAUUAUAAUACGCUUGCCAGCAAUGCGCCCAUUAUACCAACUAAGCUCCUCUCCGACCCGGAAGAACUGUCGCGCCAUCUCUUUCACAAUCCGAGCUUAGCCACAGCAACAGCAGUCGCACUAGAUGUGGGCAGUCUGGUUGGCCUCGUCACCGGCGGACCCGCAACGGACACUGCCGAUCAGGGCAAUAUCUCGGCACUGGUGCCCGUGCCGGAUGCAGAACUGGCCGAUCUGCCGCUGCCUCCGCUGCCCAUUAGCAAUGCGAGCAGUUCGGAUGCAGGAUUGCAAGAUUUGGAUAUUGUGCCCUAUUCAAUAUUGUCGCCGCCGCCAACGACGGCGCUGCUGACGGCACGACAAUCGCUGCAACUGCCGCUGGGUCAGCGCUGGACGGGCACAGCGGAGGAUGACGAUGAGCAGUACAAGGCUGAUGGCACUGUGAUAGCCGCCGGCAAGAAGUUGGCAAAGGUAACGCCAGAUGAGGGCGACUGCUGUUCAUUGGGCUCCGAGUCGCCCUCAACUUAUGUUGACUCACCGGAAACGGAAACGUACAUUGUGGAGUUGCACAAGAAUGUGUACGGCUUGGGCAUCACGGUGGCCGGCUAUGUGUGCGAGGAGGAGGAUUUGUCGGGUAUAUUUGUGAAGAGCAUCAUUGAGGGCAGCGCGGCGGAGACGAGCGGCCAGAUUCAGAUCAACGAUCGCAUUGUCGCCGUCGAUGGACGCACUUUGGCAGGUGUAACCAAUCAUCAGGCUGUGGAGCUGCUGCGCAACACGGAUAUCGUGGUGCAUCUGACGCUGGAGCGUUUCCUGCGCGGCCGCAAGUUCGAGCAUCUGCAGGUGGCCCUAACAGAGAUGAAGGGCGGCAGUGCCAACGAUGGCGAUGGCCAGUCGCAGCUAUCGAUGCCUGCCUCGCCAUCGAUAGCGACGCUCAGCUGGUUGCCACCCAAAUCCGCCGAUGCUGACUCCAUUGUCAGCGAUGCCGGCGAUGGUCAGCUGUUGGCGGACUUUGCCGAUCUGCCCUCGCGGGACACCGUGGACUCGAAUAUGUCGCAUAUGCUGGACCGUAGCGAUCCAAGUGCGCCGCGUCUAACAAAUGGAAAUGGACACGAUCAUGACAGUGGCAACGACACCGACGAGCAGUGUCCAGAGCCGGAACCGGACGUGGCGCCACUUGAGCCAGAGCAUGGCAAGACGCCCACCAAUGAGCCAACAGAUGUGCUGCCCACCGUGCGCAAGAGCAGUGUUAUGCCCGCUGGCACGCCCACGAUUGUUACGCCCAUAGCCAUAGCUAGUCCCAGCGCCGCCUCGCUGAGGGUGGCCUGGACAAGUGAGUUUCCCGAAAGCGAAAUUUUAGUUGCCGAAAUAAAUAAACUUUCAGGUCUAGGGAUCAGCCUCGAGGGCACCGUCGACGUCGAGUGCGGCAUUGAGAAGCGUCCGCAUCAUUAUAUACGCUCCAUACUCGAGGACGGUCCCGUCGGCAAACAGGGCAUCCUGCGCCCGGGCGACGAGCUGCUCCAGGUUAACGAGCACAAGCUGCUCGGACUGCGUCACAUCGAUGUGGUCAAGAUACUUAAGGAACUGCCGGCCAGUGUUAAGCUGGUCUGUGCUCGGGGCACCAGAGCGCCCUCCAUCAUAAACACAUCACAGAAUCCGGAGGCCUUUGAGACGCGCAGCCUGCUGCCCGGCGGUCAUCAGAGUCUGCAGAAUCUGCUGAGUAAGGCGCAAUCGGAGAGCUCUCUCUACACAUCCAGCACAGCGACGCUGACGGAAUCGGCCGCUGCUGCCGCCGCCGCCGGAGUGCAGCGCUCCAAAUCGCUGGAGAACGUGUCCGGACUGGCUUUGUGGAGCAGCGAGGUGACAGUCGUGCAGAUCCACAAGUCGGAACAGGGCUUCGGCUUCUCAAUACUCGACUAUCAGGAUCCGCUCGAUGCGGAGGGCAGUGUUAUUGUGAUACGUGGUCUAAUACGCGGUGGUGCUGCGGAGGCAACCAACGAGAUCUAUCCCGGUGAUCGUCUCAUCAGUGUCGGCGAGCACACACUCCAAGGACUCGAACUGGACGAGGCGGUGGCCAUUUUGAAGGGUAUGCCGCCGGGUAAAACGCGUCUCGGCAUUUGCCGACCCCUCUCCACGUCGGACAGCAACAGCAACAUUGCCUCGCCCCUUGGCGAUUCGGCGAGCAGCACAUAGUGCCAGGCGAAGGAGCACCUCAACAGCUCGAUUCUAAUGCAUUAUAUUAUAACACUUAUAUCGGCCACUUGAGUGCAGCAGCACAACCAGCUAAAACAGCUAAAACACCAAAAUGCCAGCAGCAAAAACCAAAAACGCUGCAGUAUAAAUCAGCGGAACUGAGCAUGCGACAAUUUGUACAUAUAUAGAUGACCCUCACAGUGGGGAGUAGUAUUAAAGCCAGCCCACUCAUACAUGCAGACAUAUGGAUAGUAUUUAUUAACCCAAUACUCUCUUAUACACACACACACACAGAACACCCCCACAUAGUUAUAACUAAUUGAUUCGAGAGCGCUGACGAGUUAUUGAUUGCAACGCAAAUAUGUAGCAUACGAAUAAAUAAAUAAAUAGAUAGUUAUGCUGACGAGAAUUUAGUACGUUCAAAGCGCUGAGAUUCAAAAAAUAUCACAAAUUGUAAUAUCUAUAAAUUGUUAACGACAAACAAAUUCCAAUGGCCACGCAAAGGAAUAUCAAAUUGCAUAACAACUUUCAAAUUUAGUAUGCAAAUAGUGCUCUGUUAGAUAUAGUUUACAUACAUUUAAUCUAUUUGUACCAGCUGUAUAUAUUAGAGAUAGUUUAUUAAAUAUUUGAUUUCCAAAUUUGUUAUGCUGUUGAAUUUAGGUACAUUAAGAGGUUAAGAUUAAUUGCCUUGGCGGGGGAGAGCAAGGGAGCUGUAUUAUUUAUUUCGCUCCUCUAGCCAGUAUAGUAUUUAAGUAGGCAAGUAUCCCAAGGAACUAUUGAAAAUUGUCAAACAUAUAGUAUUAAAGCAAUGGGAUGGAUCGAAGGGCGUAGGCAUUCUGAAUAUAUUUGGAUCUGAUGAAUAAUAAUACAAAUUCUAUGCUUAUAGAAA